AUGAGCUCCAGCACCUUCAAGCAGGCAGCUGAGGCAGCUAGGACCCGCACCUCCGAAGUCAUGAAGUCCGACUCUGUUGCCGUCGCCAACGACUUCCUCCACACCCCGGUCAUGAGGGCGGCUCUGCCCUUCAUCAACGGUGGUAUCAGUGGCAUGGUCGCUACCAGUGUUAUCCAGCCCGUCGACAUGAUCAAGGUCCGCAUCCAGCUCGCUGGCGAGGGUGUUGCCGGAGGCCCGAAGCCCACCCCUCUGUCCGUAACGAGAGAGAUUCUCGCAAGCGGCAAGGCCCUCGAUCUCUACACCGGACUAUCAGCUGGUCUCCUCCGUCAAGCCGUCUACACCACCGCCCGUCUGGGUUUCUUCGACACCUUCAUGGGCAAGCUCGGCGCGCGCGCCAAGGAGCAGGGCAAGGCCGUUGGCUUCAGUGAACGGGCCACCGCCGGCCUGGCCGCGGGAGGUUUGGCCGCCAUGAUCGGCAACCCUGCCGACUUGGCGCUCAUCCGCAUGCAGAGCGACGGCCUCAAGCCCCUGGCUGAGCGCAAGAACUACAAGAGUGUCAUUGACGCCCUCAGCAGCAUCGCAAAGUCGGAGGGUGUUGCUGCCCUCUGGGCCGGUGCUGCCCCCACGGUCGUCCGUGCCAUGGCUCUCAACUUCGGUCAGCUCGCCUUCUUCAGCGAGGCCAAGUCGCAGCUUAAGCAGAACACCGAGUGGUCGGCCCAGACCCAGACCCUGACCGCCUCGGCCAUCGCCGGUUUCUUCGCCAGUUUCUUCUCCCUCCCGUUCGACUUCGUCAAGACACGUCUGCAGAAGCAGUCCAAGGGCCCCGACGGCAAGCUUCCUUACAAGUCCAUGGCAGACUGCUUCACAAAGGUGGCUAAGCAGGAGGGCGUGAUGCGCUUCUACCGCGGUUUCGGCACAUACUACGUCCGCAUUGCUCCUCAUGCCAUGGUGACACUGAUUGUCGCCGACUACCUUGGUUUCAUCACCAAAUAG